AACAUUAGCCGACCGCAUUAGCAGCUCAAUGGUGCGGCGUCCGUGUGUUUAUUAAAUCAUCUGGCGUCUGUAAGAGUGCUUCAGGGAUGGAGGUGAACAGGGAUGAAGCUGAACGCUGUAUUGAUAUCGCUGUCGAGGCUCUGGAGGACUCGCAGACGGAGAAAGCGCGCCGGUUCCUAGAGAAAGCGCAGCGGCUCUUCCCGACGCACAGAGCCCGGGAUCUGCUGGAGUCCCUGGAGAGGAACGGAAACCCCUCGUGGUCUCAGAGCAGCGCCGGCGGAGCCACCGAAGGCACAGAAACGCACCAGCGCAGGUCUGGAGUCAGCAGUAACGGAGAGAAACCUGCAGAAUCCAGCAAACCAUACACACCUGAGCAGGCCGACGCCGUCAGAAGAAUAAAGCAGUGUAAGAACUACUACGAGAUCCUUGGCGUACAGAAAGACGCUUCAGAAGACGACCUGAAGAAAUCGUACAGAAAGCUGGCGCUAAAGUUUCACCCUGAUAAGAAUCACGCGCCAGGGGCCACAGAAGCAUUUAAAGCCAUAGGAAACGCAUAUGCGGUGCUGUCUAACGGUGAGAAGCGGCGUCAGUAUGAUCAGUUUGGAGAGGAACGCAGCAGCGGCGGCAGAUCCAGCCACGCAAACACGCAGUUCGAGGCAGACAUCUCUCCUGAAGACCUCUUCAACAUGUUCUUCGGUGGAGGAUUCCCUUCCAGUAAUGUUCAUAUGUACAGCAAUGGACGGAUGCGCUUCAAUCAACAUCAGGGCGAGAGAGGAGAACACAGAGGGGGUGGUCUGGCUCUCCUCAUGCAGCUGAUGCCGAUCCUCAUCUUGGUCAUUGUUUCUGCUCUCAGUCAGAUGAUGGUGACGAACCCGCCGUACAGCCUCAGCUACAAACCGUCGGCGGGUCACACACACAAGCGCGUGACGCAGGGUCUGGGCGUGGCGUAUUUCGUGACGGAGCGUUUCUCUCAGGAGUUCAGCGGAGUGAGUCUGCAGCAGGUGGAGCGCAGCGUGGAGGACGACUACAUCUCCAACCUCAGGAACAACUGCUGGAAGGAGAAACAGCAGAAGGAAGGUCUGCUGUACAGGGCGCGGUAUUUCGGGGACAGUGAGCUGUACCAGCGAGCCCAGCGGAUGGGGACCCCGAGCUGCUCACGGCUGUCUGAGGUGCAGGCGUCUCUACACGGAUAGAUCAUGCUCCUCUGCACUACCUGGUUCCAAAAACACUCUCUCCAGUCUGGAUUAUGGACGAGUGCCAUACGGACUGUAAACACACGAGUUUGACAAACAGGGCUGAACAUUUACAACAACCAAUCAACUGGACUAGAAAAGACUCACUCAAACUGUGUGUGUGUGUGUGUGUGUGUGUGUGUGUGUGUGUGUGUGUGUGUGUGUGUGUGUGUGUGUGUGUGUGUGCGUGUGCGUGUGCGUGUGUGCAGAAGCAUGCAUGCAAAAGAACCAGAUUAAUUGUGUGUGUGUGUGUACACAAGCAUGCAUGCAGAGGAUCAAAUGAAUGUGUGUGUGUGUGCAUGCAGAGGAUCAUAUGAAUUUCUGUGUGUGUGUGUGUGUGUUUGGUUGGCGGGGGUGUUGGAGUGUGCAUGUGUGUGUGUGUUUGGGGUGUUUGUGUGUGCAUGUGGGUGUGUUUGUUUGGGGGCAGGGGGUUGUGUGUGAGUUUGUUUUGUGUCUGUGUUAGAGAGAGCGAGAGAGUGUGUGUGUGUUUGUUUAGUUGGGGUGUGUAUUGUUGUAUGCCUGUGUGUUUCAUUGGGGUGUGUGUGCGUUGGAGUGUGCAUGUGUCUGUGUUUGGGGUGUGUGUGUGUUUGCAUGCAUGUAGAGGAUCAUAUGAAUUUGUGUGUAUGUGUGUGCGCGUGUGCGUGUGUGUUUCGGCACAUACAAACAUGCAUGCUGAGGCUUAUAUGAAUUUGCCUGUGUGUGUGCGCAUGCAUGCUGAGGGGUAUGUGUGUGUGCAUAAGUGAGUGUGUUUCUGCACUUACAAGUAUGCAUGCAGACGAUCAUAUGAAUGUGUGUGCGCGCGUUUGCAACUGUGUGUGUUUAUGUCUGUGCACGCAUGUCAAGGAAUGUGUGUGUGUGUGUGUGUGUGUGUGUGUGUGUGUGUGUGUGUGUGUGUGUGUGUGUGUGUGUGUGUGUGUGUGUGUGUGUGUGUAUGCGUGUUUCUGCACAUACAAGCAUGCAUGCUGAGGAUCAUAUGAAUUUGUGUGUGUGUGUGUGUCUGUGCAUGUAUGCUGAGGGGUAUGUGUGUGUGUGCGCACGUGAGUGUGUUUCUGCACGUACAAGCAUGCACAUGCAGAAGAUCAUAUGAAUGUGUGUGUGUGCCAUUGUGUGUUUUUAUGUCUGUGUAUGCAUGUCGAGGAAUGUGUGUGUGUAUGUAUGUGGGUGUGUGUGUGCUUCUGCACGUACAAGAAUGCAUGCAGAGGAUCAUAUGAAUGUGUGUGUGCGUAUGUGAGUGAAAUCAGAGCUGGUGUUUUGGACUGGUGUGUGUGUGUGUGUGUGUGUGUGUGUGUGUGUGUGUGUGUGUGUGUGUGUGUGUGUGUGUGUGUGUGUGUGUGUGUGUGCGCGCGCGUGUGCGUGUGCGUGUGUGUGUGUGUGUUUCUCGUCAGUCUGAAGUAAGUCUUGUCAGUAGUUUGAGCCCUGUGGUCAGCUCCGGCGGGCCUCCAGCAUUACGGGACAGACGGGGGGGUCUGAAGCGUGGCGAUAUCUGCAUUAUUUAUUGGAGUGUGUCUAGAUCACGUCUUUUUAAUGAUUUAUAUUUGUAUGUCUGAGAUUUAUCUAUGCAGGGAUUAAAUUAUUGCGUAUGCGUCGACUGUCCUGCGUCUUCAUUAGGAGUGUUAGGCUGCUGUACACACACACACACACACACACACACCGGUGAUAUUUAUUGACUGAUCCAGUAGGAGAUCGUUAUUUCAUAUGACGUUUGAUUUUCUACCUGCGCUAGUGGAAGUGUUUGAUCGCUGACAGAGACUAUGCUGAAUUAUUCAUUUCACUCUCAAUUCAAUAAAGAUUGUACGUGCCA